AGUCUUGAAUUUACCUUCGUUGCAUUCAGAAGUGAACUGCACAAAGCAGCAAUCCGGUUUUUGCUGCAUUUCAAAUUUAAAGUGAAUUUCAAAGUGAAAGUUAAAAUCGCAAGAAUUUCUUUUCUUGCCUAUCAUACUUUUGAUACUUUUAAUACAUUCAAUUAUUUAAUUUCACAUAAAUUAAGUUUUAAAGAAAUACCUUGAAAAUGGAAGAAGAUCGAAUUGCACCAAUAUUCAAAGGUCGUCAUAUUUUAUUGACUGGAGGAACUGGAUUUAUGGGAAAGGUGUUGAUAGAAAAACUUAUCCGUUUAACGGAAGUUGACCAAAUUUAUAUGUUAAUGAGAACGAAGAAAGGAAAAGACCCGAAAGAUCGUUUGAUCGAUAUUUUCACUAAUCCCCUUUUUGAUACCUUAAAAAGACGAAUGGAUGUUCAAGAUAUGAUAAAGAGAAUCAAAGUUAUUCCUGGUGAUUGUGGAUUGAUUGGACUUGGUUUGUCUGCUGAAGAUCGGAAACUCAUCAUUGACAAUGUUUCUUUAAUAUAUCAUUGCGCAGCAACGAUUCGUUUUGAUGAAAAAUUAAAACGUGCAGUUGAACUCAAUACGCGAGGAACCUUGGAAAUGAUUAAGCUCGGAUUGGAAUGCAAAAAUCUAGAGAUGUUUGGAUACAUGUCAACAUCAUACUGUCAUCUUCAUGAAAGCUUUCUUUUAGAAAAACCUUACGAUCCACCAGCAGAUCCACAUAAAAUAAUAAAAUCAGUAGAAAUGCUUCAAGAAGAUGAAGUUGAAGGAAUGGCAAAGAAAAUUCUUGGGACAUUACCCAAUAGCUAUGCUUUCACAAAGGCACUCGCAGAAGCUUUAGUGAAUGAAGCUUGCGAAACACAGAAUCUACCAGCAAUGAUUUUAAGACCAUCUAUCGUAAUUCCCACAUACGAAGAUCCUAUUUCUGGAUGGACUGAUAACUUGAAUGGACCAGCGGGAUUGAUGAUAGGAGCUGGUAAAGGAGUUAUUCGAACACUUUAUUGUGAUCAGAAAAGUUACGGCGAUUUUCUGCCGGUUGAUGUUGCAAUCAAUGGUUUGAUGGUGUGCACUUGGUAUUAUUUGACUUUCAAUGACAAAGAACAUUACAUUGUGAAUUUCACAAGCUCUCAAGAUAUACGUGUAAGAUGGGAGGAAAUUGUUGUAAUGGGUCAAAAGGUCAUCAAUGAAAAAUAUCCAAUCAAUGGGAUUUUGUGGUAUCCAGGUGGUGGAAUGACGAAAUAUCGUUGGCUUCAUCAGUUACGUGCAAUAUUUUUCCAUUGGUUACCAGCAAUAUUGAUUGACAUCUUAUUGUUUUGCUUAGGAUAUGAACGAAUUUUAUGGAGAGUUCACAAAAGAAUUGCCAAAGGAAUGGAAGUUAUAGAGUAUUAUGCCAACAACCAAUGGGAUUUUGAUAAUAAACAUGCGAUCAUUAUCCGCAAGACAUUAAAUAACACUGAGAAAUUAAAAUACAAAUGUGAUGCUGAAGGUGUUGACAUUUAUCAGUAUUUUGAAAAUUGCAUCUUAGGCGCACGUCGUUACUUGUUGAAGCAACCUGACAUGAUGCUUCCAGCUGCACGUAGGAUGAUGAAAAUAAUGUACGUGGUUGACAGAGUCGCAAAGACAUUAAUUUACGGUUGGUUGCUUUAUUGGAUCAUGGGAUUAGUUUUGCCCACGUUUUUUUCAUCGGAAGCUUUGGACAAGUUUUAUUCAGUGAUUAGACGAAUUUUCUGGGGUAAAUAAAGUUCAAACAUCUUUAUUAGGUGUUUCUUUAUUAAUGAAUACAAAAUGAUAUUUUAGCUUUUUUUUAUUUAUUAAGAAAUUUCUUCUGUUAAAAAAUACUUGUUUAGGUACCUAAUCAUUUUGAAAGUCAAAAGAUCUGUUUGGAGUUAUUUAUUAACUUAUUUUUGAUUGUUUUUCUUUUUUAGUAUAAUUGGGAAUUUUAAGGUUCAAGUGAAGUGAUGAAAGUUAUGAUUUUGUUUAUAAAAAUGAUUAAAUUUCAAUUGAAAAUAAAAUAAAUUAUAAUCAAAAGCUUAUUAUGA